CUUGAAACCGGCUUCCUGUUUUUGAGUCAUUUCCCUUGUCAAUAAUGCGCAUGGAGAAAAACCUCCUGUAUCUCACAAUAUUUUGUUGAUUUGUCGGACUCCUAAGCGGAAUUAUAGCAUUACAUUUGUGCAAUCAUGGCAGAUUCAAGUCUUGAUGACUUUUUUGCGAAAAAAGAUAAAAGUAAAAAGAAAUCAAAACCCAAAUCUGGAACUACUGGAGGUGGCGAUGUUGAUGGUGGCUUAAAAUCAACAAAGAAAGAUAAGAAAACGAAAGAGAAGGACAAACAAGGUUCAUCGGGAGGCGUUUCAAACGUUCUCACAAAUCAACAGGUUUGACAGUUUAAGGUUUUUCACAUAUUGAUCUUUUAGGGAGGGAAAUGAUGAAUGAAUAUAUAUUUAGGUAAAUUUUGAAUGGGUUUUCCCAAGAGUUUUCUCACCCUUUUAAACAUUUUGUAAAAAUAAACCAAUGACUAGUUUUAAAGUAACUCUUAUGAAUGAAACUCUGAGAUAGUACUAUGAUAUAGGUUAUGCAAGUGGCUGUGAAUGGUUGCCAAUGACAACGUGUUGCACACGGAAAAUUCUGAUCAUUUAUGAUAUGGACUCUACAGUUACAGGGUUUUUAAAGCUCAAAUUAAAACAAUCCAGUUUAAAUGUCUUCAAAAUGCAUACUAUACUGAAACUCAAGUUAACAUUAUUUUGAUGUAUAUAGUGGUAAUAAUUAAAUAUUUCCUAAGUAUCGGCAACUUCUGCCAUUAAAAAGGGGCGUGGACCACGCCAUGUCGAAAUUAGGCUGAGCCACCUUAUGGUGAUAUGGAUCACUGUGACAAGCGUAACAAACAUGGGACACGACCUACAUCAAUGAAUAUUGGCACAGAUAUAUAUCAAUAUCUAAUACUUAUACAGAUUUAAUAAAAAAAAGGGCCUUAUCUUACUAUUUCACAAAAAAUUUUGUAUGCGAAGAUGCCUUAUAUAUAUAUCAAAGAUUUUCAAAAUAAAGGUCGAUUGAAAAAGGCAAAAAAGCUGGAUGGAACUGUAGGCCAAGAUGUCUUCCAAAUUAUAAGGCCGGAAACGGCACUAAAAUAUAUGUUGAAAGAACUCAUUUAAUAGACACACACAUCGGAAAAGUAAAAACUCUGAUUUUUCGGCGCCGACGCCCAUUUCUGAUACACAAAAAGCGGUAGUCUUCCUUGUUUUAUCGAAGUAUCUACCUAAGCCUAAGCGCAGUGACGUCACAUUGGGAAAUCCCAACACUGGACUUAAGUUGAAUAGAUCUAUUCUUUGAAGGACCGGAACGAUGUGUGUUGUAACAUUCCUGUUCUUUAUUGAGCAUUACUCGUGUCAUAAACGAUACUGUUAGUAUGAAGUAUAUUGAAAAGAAAUUUUCCUUUAAUUUGUAUUAAAAUUCAACUUACACGUUUCAAAAGGAAGGGAAAAAGGAAACAAAUCCUUGCUGAUACCCCAAGACCCAACACAGGUGAAAAAAAUGACGGCCGCCUAAAUUGAUGUAUUUUGAUUAGUUGAAAUCAAUAUACCAGUAUUUAGGCAGGUAAAGUCUCAUUAUAGAUGGCGUCGGUGGGUCGUCGUGCGUGUGCUCUUAAUACCCCCCCCCCCCCCCCCCACAUGGGCCGGCGCAGGGUCUCCCUGCCGCCAGACCGUGCGGAAGCACGUCGGGAACCUUCCCCCUGGCCUGGGGGACAUCCGGUCGACUGAAAACGCUAAGUUUAAAGCGUUCCUGGUCCACUCUCCUUGGAUCAGAACGGCUUUGCUUCCUCUCCGAGGGAAGGUGUUGCGUUACCAGGGAGUUGUUCGGUCGGGACGUAAGCAGGGACGAAACGGUCGCCUAGGAGCGGCUUUCUCAGGGCAGCGUAGUUAAAAUCAUCAGCAAGGGUUUUGGCUGCCACUCAGACCUCAUAUCCAUUUUAGGCAGGUAACAAAAGGAAGACUACUGCUUAAAUUGCAUUAGAAAUGAUCUUCUAGGAACUGGGGAGAGGAGACCCCUCCCCUGUCUUUAUUUACCAAAAAAAGAAACAUAGAAAUUCUCCGUGACCUAUAUACCAUGGAACACAUCAUCUGCCUUACCGCUAACUCAAAACCAGCCUAUAUUUAUUAUACAUUUAUGACGGAUAAAUUUGGGUACGCCUACAUUUUGGGGUAACGGUAUGGGUUUUGUCAAGAGUGAGUUGUCUCACCUUAACCCUAAGCUCAGUGACGUCACUUUGGGGAAUCCCAACACUUGAGAGAAUAGAACAAUUGUAGGACCUAAAUGAUGCGUGUGAUAACUUUCCUGCUCUUUACCGAGCAUUACUUGACUAAAUCUGAUGAUUGGUAUGGCGUAAUCUAUCACUUGAGUGUCGGCCAAGAAAAAAUCCAGUUAAUCCGAUAGAAAGGGCUAUUAAAACAAUUAUUCUUAUAUUAGAGUUCAUUGAUGGUUUUGCUCCCGCAUAAAGUUAUUUAGCACAAUUCAUUAAAUUUAAAUAAUUUAAACUAACGGUACUAAGCUGCCGAUAUGGCAGGAAGAAAAAGAGGAGAGACUACAAUAGUGCCGAUGCACAAAGUGUUUAAUACUGAUCAGAUACAAAAUGAAGAAGUAUUGGCAGCUGUCCACACUACUGCCGAAUUUGUCAGACCCUAAUUCAGCACUACGAUGGUGCAUCAACAAAAUUUUGUUGAAUGAAGUGAUGCUGAAUGAGGAAAACAUGUGGAUGUGCGAUCUUUUCCCUUCUUAUUUACAUGAAUUCAUGUUCCGCAACCGUUUUCGUGGAAAUGAUAUUAUUUUUAAAAACUUCAUUGUCACCUUGGGGGAUAAUUAUGCAUAAUUCCAUUUUUACACAUUAAAUUGUUUAAAUGCUUCUAUUUAAAAAAAAAAAAUUGUUUUAGUUUUUCUAUUUUUAAAAAGUGCCUUGUGUUAUUUGUAUUAAUACUAUUAUAUAUAUAUGUGCUUGAAUGAAUAUGUACAAUUAAUGUCAUAAAAAUAAUAUAAGAAUAAUUGUUUAAAUAGCCCUUCCAACUGGAACAGCUGGAUUUUUUCUUGGCCGAUGCUCAAGUGGUAGAUUACCCGAUAUGGUUAAUAUGAAGGAUUUUAAAAUGAAAUUUCCUAUUAAUUUCUAUUAAAAUUCAACUUACAUGUUUCAAAAGAAAUGAAGAAAAAAAACACUAUUCCUUCUGAUUUUACCAGUACUAAAACACACUGAGUUUGGACAUUUGUCAUUUGUCCUGGUUAGUAUUGAGUUGUAACCAGUACAGUUAUAAAUAAAAAGGCAGCAGUUUAUCCUGACACGUCCUAAGCAUCUUAACGAUCUUAACCAUUUUGGAGUGAUCAUUAUUGUUUCUUAAUUUAAAACUUCCUUUUUACAAAGGCUGUCAAAAUCAAAAAGGUAAAAAAAAAACAACAACAAAAAAAAAAAAAAAAAAAAAAAACAAAAAAAAAAAAAAAAGCAGAUCCCAGGGUACCACAGAGAUGUGUAGAUCUACCUGGGUAGCCAAUGGAGCAGAAAAGUUUUUAGGAAAUGUACUAUGUUGAAAGUGCUGUUAAAAGUUAUUUAAAAGAAGGGGAAAAAAAACCUAUACUGUGUUGAAUGUUACAAUUUGUAAGUUUUACUCUUUGAAAUAGGGUAGUUAAUUAAUAUAAAUGGCAUUAUAAAAUAUUUUAAGUUAUGUUAGUUUUUUUUAGGUUUUCUUUUGAAUGUAUGGUCUGUACUAUAAUAUGAACCUCUGCAAGACCAGCAUGUACUUGAUAUGAGAUGCACCAUACUAAAGUGUACAUAGAUUAAAAGAUAAAAAAUGAUAAAAACUUCUAGUUUUCUUUUUUUGAAAUCAGGAAGAAUCAUGCCAUCAACGGGAAACUUCGGGGGAUGCAUGAUUUCAUUUCUAUUUUUAAAUAACAUUGGAGUUGUAUGUCAGGACACACCAAUACGCAGUCAAGCGCAUCCGUCGGGAACCUUGAAUAACGCAUAUAGUCGCAACUGUAGGGAAUGAGUAAUUGAAUUUAAACCUUUUUUUAAAAUCACAUUUUUAGUAGAACUGUUUUUUACAAAUUAAAAAAAAAGUCUGGCAACAGAGAUUAUCUGGGCAGUUUGCACUGGGGUGCAAGACCAACACACAAUAAAACAUUAUUUAAUUUACCUAAGAGUAAUAUCCUUAAUGGCUUAUUUUAGUCAAGACAAAAAGUCUAAAAAAUUCAGGGUGGAUUUAAAAGACUACCACAUUUUGGUUAACUUUUCCCCCUAAUCAGCCAAAAGGUUUUACCAUUUCAAAUAGAUUUUAGGGUGUCAAGUAACAUAGAUUUCGUACAACAUUUAAAGUCAAAUUUUAUGUAUAUGUUGCUUUAACCACACUAAUCUAAUAAGUUGAACUAAAUUGAAGACUAUAAGGCUAAAAUUAUUAAUUUUUUUGAAAGUUGUAGUGCAUUAAGGUUUUCUUUGUGUGAUUUGACUUAUUAAUUUUUUGAAGGUUAAAUAAGAGUUGUUGACGUUGAAUCUUAUUAUUACAGGAAGAUGAGGAAUGGAAAGAUUUUGAAGAGGAAAAAGAAAAGGAUUACUCAGGUCUUCGAAUUCAAACAUUGCAGAUUGCGUAAGUUUUAAUACAAAUCAAAGAACAACAAAAUCUUUAAUGCUCAUCAUAGCUUAAAAAGAUAAACUAUACAUAUAUAACACUGAUAUUGUGUUAUGAUGAAAAAAUAAUUCAAUUACUUAAUGUUAUUUGUUUUGUAUUUGUCUUAGUUGAUACAUAGCACUUUAAUUUAUUUAUUUCUUCCAGUAAAGAACAAGAAGACAGAGAUGGUGCUGAAGGGGAUGAUAGUAGAGAUGAUGAAGAUGGUGAUAACAGAGACAGGAGAGACGGAGCAUCAGGACCUUGGAAUAAAUCUAAUAUGCCCCAAACAGCGGGUAAGUUAGCACCAAUUGAUGAUAAAUAUUUCUCCUUCUUUCUGCAUUCAAAUGUUAUGUAAGCUGGGUUAUGUUGUAUGUUUGGGUCCUGUAAAUUGAUAUCAAUAAUAAUAAGUUUGAUGGUAGUUGGAUGCUGCUCAUUCCUCAUAAUUAUCUAAAUGAAUAUUUUCAGACAUUUGCAGCCUAUGUAAGUAAAACCCUCACCCCAGGAAUACUGGUUUUAAUUUUUUUUCCUCCCAUAACUUUAAUCUAUAUGCUUCCACAGCUCCCAAUUUACCACAAGUGCAUCAUUCAGAUCAUGAUAAAGAUGAGUCAGUAGCCAAAGCUCCAGCCAAAUAUGUACCUCCUGCUCAAAGACAUGCAGCUCAGUCUGCUAAUAGCACAUCUAGUUUCCCAGCAUCUCGGAAGAAAAAAGAGGCGCCAAAUGUGAAUAGCGAAGAAGAUUUCCCCACUUUAGGAGGCGGGCCAGCACCUGGAAAAAGGUUAUUGCAAUUUUUAGAUCGUUUGUAUGCCCUAUAGCAAAAUAGUUAAGUUGACUGCCUCUCUACUAAGAAUUAACAGGUUUGAAUCAUCUGGGUUCUCUAGCCAAGUAAGUCAACUAUUCUCAAGGAGGGGGUAAACCUAAUGGAAAAAAAAACGCAACUGUAAAAUGCUGAAGAUAGCAUCCAACUUGAUGUGGGAUUAAAAAUCGCUUGUCUAUGGAAUAUUGCUAUAGUCUUACCAGUUAAACAUAGCUACUGGAAUAAAUUCAUAAACAUUUUUUUAAAAUGAUCUAUUACUAAAGACAUGCGACACCUGAGAAAGGAUGGGCUUGUUACAUGAAGACAAUUAAAUCGAACAAAUGCAUUUUUCACUCCUAGUUAUUUCUCAUCCAGUUAAAAACACUAUCCUUAUUAUUGUGAUUUAAUAAGGACGCUACAUUUUAUGUUUAACUGAAAAGUAUAACUAAAAACGAAUACCAGUAUUAAAAUCAAUUCUCUUAAAAUUUUUUUAUUUAUAAUGUGGAUUGUGGAUUCAUUCAUUGCAUUUGAUUUUUUAAAAGAAAACAUAUGAGAUGUACUAAAUUGUAGUCAUUCUUUAGACCUCUUUAAUAAUGCAAUCAACUGUUUGAUACCUCUCUCUUCAGCCAACAGUAUAGUAGUUCAGUCUCAUCAGACCUCAUGGAGAACCCACAUCAAAGAAGAGGAAUCAACUUGACAUUGGAAAACAAAUUUUCAGCAUUGCAAGAUUGAUGAAAGUAUAAUUAGACAAACAUGUAACAACAAAAAAAUGAUUCAGUGUGCUUGUUCUCUAAUGAAAAUUGACCUAGUGGCCAUCUUGAAAUAAGCAUGAGACUUUUUUAACUGGCAUAAUGACAUCGUCAAAUUUUUAAAAAAUUAUAUUGGAGCACAUUUGUCUAGAGAAGAAAGAAAUUAAACCAGUAUAUUAAAGUAAACAUUUUACUUCAAAAUGUUUAUUGAUUAACAGUAAGCUCUUGAAUUAAGUUCUUAAAUCAGGUCUUGAUUUCCAAGCAUGAGUAAUUGCUUCAAUGGCAUUUCUUAUGUUCUCUCUCUGCCUUUGUCAUUCCCUUUAACUUGUCAACAGUUUUGUAUGGUUAAUAGAGAAUAAAGAUGAAUGAAGGAAAACCUAUUUUUUAUGAGUUAUCAUAUUCCCUUUAGAAAUAUGUUCUUUGUUUUGAAAGUCCACUGUGUAAGCCUAAUAAAUCAAGCCCUUGAUCUACAAAGUUGCUGUGGAAAAUUUGGGGCAUAUUGCUAAUGGAGACUUAAGCAGAGCAGUCACUAAUUCAUACAUAUAUAUAUUUACUUACAAGAAUACUUGUGGUUGUAAUGAAGUGUGAAGGAAAUUCAGUGUUAGGAUGUAAUGGGGCAAGUCAUUAAAUUAACACCUUAUAACUUGUGAUAUUUAGGAUACCCGGUAGUUGAAAAUGAAAUUAUCUUGAAAAAAUUUAAACAUACUUAAAUUCAAUUUAAUACUGAGAAUCUCUCCAUCUAAAUAUCAGUUGUAUCUGUGAAAAUUCUUGUAAUUAAGCAAAAGGGAUUCUAUGGUAUAUCUAUAAAUUUAAGAUGCAUUGUCAAUUAUCUUCCAUAACCUUCCAAAUCUGAAGUUGUGUAAAGGGUUAAUGAAUGCUUUCUGAACAAUUCCAUUGCUUGAUGUAAACUUGAAUCACCAUCAACCCAAUAUAGACAAUAUUUGAACUGGAUCGUUCACCAAACAUUGUUCCAGUUAUUGAAGUGCUGCACUCAUCUAAUACUUUCAUGUUAAGUGUUUGACAGUAAAUAUGUGAUCACCUUAAAUUUUUGGGCCCAUUUUCCGUGCAUGUUGAAUGAUACAGACUAGUUUGUCUUUCAUGUAAUUCAUACCAUCAUUGCAAACGGGCAUGGUCCAAUUUUCUCAAUCUGCAUCCAUCUCUUUUUUUACAAAACACUCUUGCUGAGUUCAUUGAAGGCUCAGAGCAAUCAAUUUGUUCAAAUUACACGAGGGGGCUGUAAUAAAAUUUCAAUUACUAACAGUUGCUGAUGAAAUGUCUUGGGCAGUGAGUUGUUUAAUUUUAGAAAAAGAACUCCCUGAAUUUGUAAGAGGUUUUACACAAAAAGUUUAACCUUAAGCAUGCCUUUACUAGUCUUUUUUUUUUAAUAUAAAAAGGCCUUACAAAUAGAUACAUUUAAAUUGGGAUAUCAGAUAUAUUUUGCUUCUUUUUUUAAAACUAUUUUAUCAUAGCUGAAAUAAAAUUAUGUAAUAUGAAUCAUUUUUGUAAAGAAGAAAUGAAGUUGCAGAAGCUUAUUUCUGUUUAGAAAUUGCUGUUUGAAAAUUGUUGAGAUUUUUAAAGCAAAAUGUACUUCAGUAUUAAAAAGAUUGACCAAGUAAUAUAUCAAAUUAUUCUGAUCGAGCUCACUUAAUUAAAGGUACCGGUAGGCAAAAAAAAAAAGGGUUACAUUUGUUGAAUGGGAUUACUUAAGUUGAUAAUUUGUAUGGGGGAAAACAAAAUCUGCCCUGGGAAAGAUAUAUACCAAUAUUUAAAGCAUUGAUAAAAUUUCUUGAUCUUUAAUGUUUAUAUUCACAACCUACACUUAUGUGUAUUCAUUUAGGUCUUAUCGUCAAUGUUUGUAUGUAACUGAAGUGCAUAGUUCUUUGAUGUUAGUAAAACCAGUGAACAUGAUGGCUCAUCUUCCCCAUCAGUGUGGUGUGUAUAGUGGGUACAUAAUUUUAACCCUAUUUGGCUUCUGUUUAUCCAUUUUCCACUUAAUGUACACUGCAGGAAACUGGUAGGGAAGUGUUGUGCUUGCUCAUUGCUGGUAUUUUAAAAAAUUAAAAUGUGAGUUAUGUGCUAGGUAGAAAAAUUACAGUCAGGUGCAAUUGAGUAUUUUUUAAAUAGGAAAAGUUGCGGUGAACAUCUGUGUAGAAACAAAAAGCAUUGGUUUGUUUAGAUCAUCCUUUUUUAUUUCAAAUGUUUGUGAAUUUUUUUUGGUAGGUCUUUUGUUUUUAAAGGUGUAAUGUGAAAUAAAUAAAUUUCUUUUUGUAUGGUCAAAUUUGGAAUUUUGUAGACUCUGUACCUCUAUCAAUAAUUUCAAUGCCUUUAAGAUAUAUUUAAAAAAUUAACUUUUUUGCUAUUUUUCUUGAAGUUAAUGGUGUUUUUCAACAAUUUUAUUAUUACUAUUUUUUUUUAAACAAGAAAUGGAGCUUUACAGGAAAUUUUCAACCAGGAAUUUAUUUUAAUUUUUCUAAAAUGAUGAGAUUUAUUUGAACAAUAAAAAUUUGGUUGUCUUUUGCUUGUAUUGCUUCAUUGCUGUUGGUUCUCUUAGCAUCUUAAUAUAAAAUACAUGUAUGUGAUGUUUCAGAAAUUCUUUGUGUUGGGAUAUCAUUUCUUCCUGAGCAAAAUUGUUCUUCUAAUAUUCUGAAUUACCUGAUGGUACCUCCAUGUAAUACAGAUUUAUUACACAGUAGAAAUUUGCUCAGUGAAUAAAUCAACAGUAUGUAUACUAAGUCCUGUGUUGAGAAAAUUGUUUAACUUAAGAAAUAAAUAAAAGAUUGAACUAUC